AUGAACGCACACAGUGGGAACUUCUACACAACCGCCGAAGAACGUCGGCAGUACCUACUCAGAGGCCUUCCAAAGCCCCAUAAGUUGCGAUCACUUCGAUCACAGCUACGAUCAAUCCGCUCCGUCGGACGGGCGCUCGAGGAGUGGCUGGCUGAAGUGGCGUGUCGCAGCGUCGCAGGAAGAAAAGAAUCAGCUUACAAAGCUAUAGAUCAGAAAAAGUUACUCAGUAUCCGUGAUGUCGCACGACGACGCAUGUCUCUUCUGACUUCACCGGCCAAGGAGCACUACAUAAAGAAUCGUUCGUUGGAUAAUCGUACAAACAGAUUCGAGGGAAUGGUGCGAGCGAUGUCUGACGAUCAUCUUGCUAGUUCUACUGGUUUCGAAAAGGCUCACACACAACUUACUGCAACGGGCUCUAUGUACCUUCAUCAAACUGCCGAGCCGAAUAAGCUUGAUUACUGCUCUGUUAGUGACGAUUUAUCAGCUGAUACUGAUGUUGACAAGAACGGUGACGUCGUUAAUGCACAUCAAUCUGAAGCGAGUUGUUGGACAAAGUACAACGACUUCAUGACGUCACUCAUCGAAGAUGUUGACAAAUAUCGACGAUCCCUUGUGUGGACGAGAGGUAACUCGGAAUGUUGGCAAUAA